AUGAGUGACGAUUCCAAAGGAAAAGAAAGCAAAAAGCUUGAGGAAACGAGCGAGUCUCCAGCAAUCACUCCUGACCCUAGCAAGGACAAAUCGAACGCGCCUUCCAAUCCAUCAACAACGCUCUCGUCACCUUUUCAACUUGUAUCUGGUGGUGAAAGUGAUUCCAGCAACGUAUCUUCGCCAAGUCUCAUUCCUGGAUCGUCGACAGAGAAGGAGCAAUCAACAGUGUCCAAGACGUUCUCUUUUGGUACAGGAGCAGCAACGGCAGCCACGACGACGGCCAAAUCAUCAUCAUUCACAUCGACAACGAAGAGCUUUUCGUUCGGUUCAUUGUCUGAUUCCGGCAAUAAGGAUGCUUCGUCUUCCAAUGUUACAGAACGAGACGCGACCGAUGAUUCUCCAUCAUCUUCUUUUGUCUUCGUCUCAGGUCCUUCUUCACCAAAGGAGGGUGUGGAAAAGCCUUCUGAAGAGAGUACUUCAAAAGCGGAUGAUGCAACAAGUGGAAAGAGUCCAUUUUCUUUUGGAGCUGCACCUUCGUUGACAACAAAAACGCCCUCAUCAACAACUGAUACAUCCAAGCCAGCAUUGUCGUUUGGUACACCAUCAAAGGAGACACCAUCCACUGAAUCCACAUCAGGAAUCGACACCAAAUCAAAGUCACCUUUCUCGUUGGGCACUGGAUCAGGUGGUGAAGCACCUACAUUUGGAACAUCAAAGCCAACCGAAGCCGCUACGACAUCAAAGGAUGAAGCACAAUCAAAAUCGCCAUUCUCCUUUAGUACGUUUGGACAAUCGACAUCACCUUUUGGUGCACCAUCUGCUACUACUGCUACAGCUACGCCAUCGUCUUCCAGUGAAAAGACUUCAUCCAAACCAGGAUCAUUAUUUGGUUCAUCAUCAGCAGCAGCCAAAGAAACACCAAAGCAACCCUCCUUUUUUGGAUCAUCCCCAGCAACAAGUGGUGGUGAUAAGGCAACAUCAGAGGAUAAUGCGCCAAAAUCAACAUCGUUCUUUGGUGCACCCAAAUCAUCUAGUGAUGUGAGUUCGGAAGCAUCAAAAUCGGGAUUUUCUUUUGGUGGUGGAUCAGGAUUUGGAGCAAAGACACCAAGUGCCGAAAGCACUGCAUCGAAGCAAGGAUUUUCCUUUGGUACACCAGCAGCAGCAUCCAAGACACCUGCUAUUAGUGAAAGCUCAUCAACCAAGCCUAGUGGAUUCUCCUUUGGUACACCAGCAAAGACUACAACGGAGACUGAGAAAUCGCCUUUUUCAUUUGGAGCUCCUGCAAAGACCACGACUGAAACUACGAGCACAUCAAAGUCGCCUUUUUCAAUGGGUACACCUGCCAAGACUACAACUGAAGCUGAGACAUCAAAGGGUGGAUUUUCAUUUGGGGCACCUGCAAAGGCAACAGGUACGGCUGAAGCACCAAAGGCCGGUGGAUUUUCGUUUGGAGCACCUGCAAAGCCAACCACUGAGACUACGAGCACCUCCAAGUCACCUUUUUCAAUGGGUACACCUGCAAAGACAACAACUGAAGCUGAGGCAUCAAAGGGAGGAUUUUCGUUUGGAACACCAGCAAAAUCAGCGGAAGCACCAAAGACUGGGGGAUUUUCAUUUGGAGCAAAGUCAACGACUGAAGCUGAAAGCACCUCCAAGUCACCUUUUUCAAUGAGUACACCUGCAAAGACAACAACUGAAGCUGAGGCAUCAAAGGGUGGAUUUUCAUUUGGAACACCAGCAAAGUCAACCGAAGCACCAAAGGCUGGAGGAUUUUCAUUUGGAGCACCAGCAAAGGCAACGACUACAAGUGAGCCAUCAAAGGGAGGAUUUUCAUUUGGAGCACCUGCAAAAGCAACAAGUGCUACUGAAGCACCAAAGACUGGAGGAUUUUCAUUUGGAGCACCAGCAAAGGCAGCAAGUACUACUGAAGCACCAAAGGCUGGGGGAUUUUCAUUUGGAGCACAACCCAAGGCUACUGGUGAGAGUGCUACUGCACCUAAACAAAGCUUUUCAUUUGGAUCGAGUAAUGAGGACAAGGCACCUAAAGCAACUACGUCAGGUGGUUUCAGUAUCCCUAGCUCGCCAUCAAGUCAACCAAGUGGAUCAGCAGCAACACCAUCAUUCUCAUUUGGUGCUCCACCCACUUCUCAACCAUCGUCAGCGGAUACGGCCAAAGCAACUAUGCCUUCAUUUGGCAGUCAACCAUCAUCAACAGAGUCUGCUACCAAAUCGGCAUUUUCUUUUGGCGCUCCAGCUGCAAAGCCCACUGAAAGUGCUCCUUCAAAACCAUCAUUUUCUUUUGGUGCUCCUCCUUCAUCAUCACAAGCACAAGAUACAGCAGCAAAGCCAUCAUUCUCUUUGUCGACAUCAACAACCAAAAAAGAUGAUACCACAGCAACUGCUCCCAAGCCAUCCUUUUCCUUUGGUCAACCAAGUACAACUAAUACAACUACCACAACAACAUCUGCUGCAGCAACUACAUCUCUCUUUUCAUUCAGCAAGCCUACUACUACAGAAGCAAGUCCAUCAACAUCUACACCUGCUCCUGCUGCUGCUGCUACUCCCUCGUUUUCUUUUGGAGCACCAAAGAAGGAUGAUGAAAAGAAGGACACAACAACGGCUGCUGCAUCACCUUUCUCAUUCAAGACUCCUGCUACUCCUAGUGGCACUACCUCCACUACUACUUCUACUACUGCUGCAACGGCAGGCACUGGUGGUUUCUCAUUCUCAUCACAACCAGCUGCUGGUACUGGAAUCGGUGCUGGUGCUCCUGCUGUACAAGCCGACGCAUUUUCAUUCAACAAGAUGAUUCAAGAUAUGGAAAAGAUUGCAUCUCAACCCCCUGGCAUGUUCCAAGCAUCACUCAUGACUCCUGCUUUACGUGGAUUACAGCAAAAGCAUAUCGUUACCACCACCAACUUUAGGAUUGAUAAUAUUCUUUUCAGCACACGGUUUUCUGAACUUCCCGAACAAGCACAACGUGAAUUGGAUCAACUUGAACAAUACAUUCGUGCGGAGAGCCAACGCUGCGAGUUUGUCAAGAAGCAAGGUGUACAUAAACAUGGCAACCUCAUCCAAAGUGCACAACAGCAAACAGAUUCUUUAUAUCAGCAAUUGGGAGCAUUAUCAAGCAGUUUGAAACGCCAAAUGGAGCACAUUGAGCAAUUAUUUGACCAGGCGGGCGCUCAGCUUCGUCACGCUGCCGAUGCAAGCAAUAUCAUUGAAGCCAUCAAGCAUCCUGGUAGUUCGGGCCGCUGGUUGUUUGGUUAUGGAACAGAUGAUGAUUAUUUCGUCAACUUGGCUUAUUCAUUACAACAGCGAUUGGACAUUUACAGAAAUACUGUCUGGGAAAUCGAACGAGCAACCGAAUCAUGGUCCAAGCAUGAAAGUCGUACACCACAAGAUAUUGCACGGAUCAUGCGUGAACAACACAAUACAUUUUUGGCAUUGGCAAGUCGUGUUGCUGCUUUGGAUGAAAGUGUGCGGCUUGAAAAGGAUCAAUUCCAACAAUAUCUCAAAAUGUACACGUGA